AUGAGUAGUGCAAAUUUGGAAGGGUCAAGACCAAGCUUGAAAUAUUCAGCCGGUCUCCCAAACCCCAUGGCUGACGCCGUCUUCCUGGCCUGGCACAGAAACAACAAAGUGGCGCUGGUCAAUAUCCACCCUCUGAAGCAGCAGUUUUCGUCUGUCAAGCUACUGUUAGAAACCAUGAGUCAAUUCUCUCAUCCUAGCUUUCUAGAUCUGCUGGGGUGCUACUGUUGGGAGGAUCAGGUGUUUUUGGUCUGGGAAUCAGUAGAGCUCUCAGUGAGCAACAUCCUCGCAUCAAGGUGCACUAUCACUGAGGGUGAGGUUGUCGCAAUUGUUCGGCCGGUCCUCGAAGGAAUUCAAUAUCUGCGCGGUCGCGGGAGAGCCUUCGCCGCCUUAAGUGCCGACACGAUGUUGCUCACGGAGUCCGGUGGAGUUAGGAUCGGUGAGUGGGGAACCUGUUUACUAACGGUGGUCAAUGUUGUAGCGGGAGUGGAGUACAGCUGCCAAAUCAAUGCAGCCGAGAUGGACGCGGCAACUCUGAAGCUAUUCGCUUUGGCUGGGGUUGUAAAAAGGCUGAUCAUGAAGAAUCCUCCACACUACCCAUGGCAUGCCGAAGCCAAAGGUCUGCCCGAGGAGCUAAAAAGCUGCAGUUCACAGGAUGAGCUUUACGCCGACAUCUCUCGUGGAAUUCACGGUGCCACUGUCGGAGUGGAUCGCAUCUUGUCCUUUCUCGACAGACACCAUAUCAAAGCGACCUGGUUCGUUCCGGCACACUCAUUGCAGUCCUUUCUGAGCCAAGUAGUAAAGAUACGCGAUGGUGGGCACGAAAUCGGAGCCCACGGCUACACCCACGAACAUAUGAGCGCCCUGAACAGUAUCCAGGAAGAGGAAGUUCUCUCCCAAUCACUUCAAAUCCUCACUUCCUUCCUCGGAAAACAACCCAAAGGUUGGACCGCACCGGCAUGGAAACCGUCACCACACACCGUACCACUGCUUGAAAAGUACGGUUUCGAAUAUGACCACUCACUUAUGCACCACGACUCGCAGAUGUACCACUUGCCGUACUCGCCGUCUACUUGGAUGCAGCCCAUGGGCGCACUUCAUGCAUCCAGCAUUGUCGAGAUCCCGGCAAACUGGCAUUUGGAUGAUUGGCUCGCUUUCAAUGUUGGGAACGGCGGAAAUGGAUUUGUGGAUCCUAAUCUGAUCUUGAGACUCUGGACCGAACAGUUCGAUUUCUAUUACAAAGAGUAUGAUUCCUUUGUUUUCCCAAUGACCAUCCACCCGCAGGUCGGCGGAAGCCCCAGGUACUGCGCAUGCACGAGAGGCUUGUUUAUACGGAAGUGUCACGGAAGUGUCAACGGAAGUUGA